AUGCUCUCCCUCCGCUCCGUCCUGGGGUCUUCGACCCGCGCCCUGCGCCACCUCCCGUCCGCGUCCCGGCCGACAACGACAACGACGACGACGAGCGGCUUCUUCUUCUCCCGGCAAUACUCCUCGCAGCUGACAAAAUCCCUGACGAACGGUCUGCAGAGACUGCGCGGCGCGGCGCAGGGCAAUGUCGCGAGUCUGGGGUCGAGCGUGCGCCAGAUCGAGCAGGUCCGUGGGAUGAAGACCCGCUCGUCUGUGAAGCGGUUGUGUGAUGGGUGCAAGCCUGUCCGGAGAAAGAACAGAGUGUAUAUCAUCUGCUCGAAAAACCCCAAGCACAAGCAGCGGCAGGGCAAAUAG